AUGUCAGCAUCAGCUUUUAAUUUUGCCUUCAGAAGAUUUUGGAACAGUGAAACGGGGCCUAGGACAGUCCAUUUUUGGGCACCCACUUUAAAGUGGGGGUUAGUCUUUGCAGGGCUAAACGAUAUUAAGAGACCUGUGGAGAAAGUAUCUGGGGCUCAGAAUCUAUCUUUAUUAGCCACAGCAUUAAUUUGGACACGUUGGUCAUUUGUCAUCAAGCCCAAGAACUACUUGCUGGCUUCCGUGAAUUUCUUCUUAGGUUGUACUGCCGGGUACCAUCUAACGAGAAUUGCUAACUUCAGAAUACGGAACGGGGACUCAUUGAAACAGGUUAUUCACUACAUAAUAAAAGGGGAGACCCCUGAGGCCGUUGCAGCCAGGAACUCCGCAUCUGCUACAAUGAAUAAAGGUGUGAUUGGUGCUAAUUCGUCAAUAGCGCAUUAA